UCCACCAUCACUCACCAUCCUGCCUGGACAAAUGGCAUACUUCAACUGCACUGUAGUGGAAAACAGCAAUUGUGAAGAAGUCAGCUUGUAUUGGCGUCAUAAGCGCCUGUUCCAGAAUGGCUCAGAAGGAGAUUUGAAAGAUGUUAAAAAUGGAGGGAGAUAUUCCAUUAUUUAUGGAGUUUUAUUCAGCUCUUUGCAAAUUAAAAAUGUGGUCUUCUCUGAUGAGGGGUUAUAUUUCUGCUCAAACUUCUGCUUCGGGAAAAGGACCCGGAUUAUUGAACAGAUGUCACAGCUCAUGCUUGAAGCCCAGCCCCAAGUAAGCAUCACUUCUUCCAUAUCACCUGAUGCACCUGAUCUCCUGAUCCUGACCUGCAGCGCUGUGAGUUUCUACCCUUCUAAUGUGUUCUUCACCUGGAAUCUCACCUUUGUUGAAGUGCCCCACAUCAUCCAGCAGGGGUCACCCAAUCUCCUCCAGAAUGGCACCUACAGCAGCAGCUCCACUCUAAAGAUCAGAACCUCCCAGUGGAGCUCAGAAGUGGUGAUUGAAUGUGUGGUGAAUCACAGCUCUCUGACUCAGUCACAGAUCAAAUACGUCAGACAUUCAGGUCCACCUUCUGGUGUGGGUCACUGUCAACUUAAAAUGGUUCUCCUGUCUUUGGGUUUGGUGUUGAUGGUGUUGGCUGUCAUGGAGGUACAUGUGAAGUCCUGCAAAGGAAACAGUUGAGUAUCCAGUCCAAGUCUGGAACUUAUAUCUGCAGAGAGUCUGAAGGUGAAAGGCAUUUUGAGGAAAGACUGAAGAAAAUCUGAGGACUGGAGUAAAAUGCAUUGGGAUACAAACAAUGAUACAAAAUUUUUACACAUUUCUUAUCUUUAAACUGUUUACUUUUACAGAACAUUUUACUUUGUGAUUGCAAAAUGCGUAAUUAUUAUGUUUGCUAUGUAAUGUUUCUACAUAUUAUUUAUUCAUAAACCAUAUCCACAGAUUGCCUGUGUGUCAUUUUCCCUAUGUCGAUAUGAAUUCUUCUCUGUGUGCUUCAAUUAUUUUCCCCACAUCCUGAAGAUGUGCAGGUUAAUUAGGUUAAUUGCAGACGCUUAGAUGACCUGACCAUGUAAGAAUCCGAGAUUGGGUGUGUGUACACGUGGAUGGACUGGAAGCUGCUGCCUGCCUUGUGUACCCCACUUAUUGAUUCUAAAAUGGAUUUAGCAGGUUUAAGAUUGCAAUUUGUGAUGGUCACAGAAGGACUGGCCCCUCUACCUGGACGGAAGGUCAUGCCUUACUCGGCCAAGACGCCGCUAUUAUGAGAAGAUACCUGUGAUGGACAGGCAUCCUGCCCAGGCCACCUGGCUUUUUAAACUAAACAGGUACUGUGCAAC